UGUGCUCACCAAAGAGUCGGUUGCUCGAGGAAUGUCCUUACUGAAAUAUCUCCCAGUUUAUGUGGUGGAUGCUCUGGUCAUAAUGCAUGCUAAUUUCAUAUAUGGAGAUCUAUCCAAAUUUGGGAUUCAUCGACCAAAAAUAGGCCCCUUCACUCAGAAAGCUAUAACAGGAAGAUCUCCAGUCAUCGACGUUGGGACUAUCAAAAAGAUCCAAGGUGGAGAGAUACAGAUUGUCCCAGAGAUAUCGAGUAUUAAGAAAGACAAAGUGGUUUUCAACGAUGGCACUGAGAGAAAGUUUGAUACAAUUGUCUUCGCCACUGGUUAUCGAAGCUCAGCUAAUCACUGGCUGAAGGAUUACAAAUAUGCUCUUAAUGAUGAAGGAAUGCCAAAAAAUAGUUUCCCAUGUCACUGGAAGGGAGAGAAUGGCCUGUAUUGUGCUGGAUUGUCAAAGAGAGGGCUCUAUGGGAUUGCGAUGGAUGCACAGGCCAUAGCCAAUGAUGUUGAAAAGGUUUUAAGCGCCAGAAAAUAGAAGCAUUGGAGAACCUUUGAACUUUUGUGUACUUGUUUAAUAUAAAUAAGUUGGUGUUGGUUGUCGAAAUUAUGUUAGUGUGGUCUAUUAUAUAUAUUGUCGGACGUACGUCUAAGUGGUACUAUGUAUAUAUUAUGUUAAACCUAAAUAACGUGUGUAAAAGUUUUAUGGUUUAAUAAAUAGAUGGCAGCUCUCCCCCGCCU